GGAAUUCUCUCGAAUGGCCCCCGAGAGCGUUAUAAGAGCCAGAGCGAUGGCAGGACCAUCCUCAUCCCACUUUUCUUGCUCGUACUAUGGAGUUAAACCCGUCGCCUUCGUCAUCCCAGAGUCCGCCGCCACCUCCUGCGGCACAGACAUGCCCGCAGUGCAGCGGUAACCUCGGAGCGCUGCAGCUGUGCGGCGGACUAGGCUCCGACAUACACAACUAUAACCGCUGGUUCCAGAAGUGUUCCAAUUGUCCGCGCCUGGUGUUCUACGGGCCCCGCACGCCUCUCGAGGACAUCCCCGAAGACGUACAGGUCCGGUUCACGGUGAACCAGUCGCUUCGCAGCGCUGUCUCUACAAACCCUCAAGAUAUUCUGACCUGCACAGGCACCAAUUGCGCUACCAGAGGUACAAGCCAGCGCCGCCGGGUGAACAAGGCCUGCGCACGCCACCCGCCCCUCUGUGCUACGUGCUGUCGCUCUACCACUCCUCUGGUCAGGUGCAAGGCUCACAGGUUAUCGGCUCUAGAGACUACGUCCUGGGAAGCACAGUCCACGGCUGCCAUGCCCUCGGGCGGCGGCAGUGUAUUGACGGUUCCGCCAUCUGCUGCGCCCUCUACUGCCCUGCCUGCCACACCCUCCACUACUCAGACCGCUGCUACUCAGUCUGCCAAUCUGUCCACGAUGUUGUCCGUUACAUCGUCCGCUAUGUCGUCCGCUACGCCCUUCACCGUGUCUGAGUCCUCGAUGUCGUCCACCACGUCGGCCGCCACAUUGUCUGCCACGUCGUCCAUUGCCUCGUCUGCAGCAACGACUUCCACAUCGCCCUGGGUGGCCGCGCAUCAGAAGAAGGCUGAGCGUGCCGCACUUGUCGACGAGGGCCGCGAGUUGCACACCAAAAUGGCUAACAUCGUGAAGGUCACGAUGUGGGUCACGCCAUCAAGGACAAUCACUGCGCCCUUGCGUCCACAAAGGCUGCAGGUAUCCACACCCCAGGCCGAUAUCUUAGUCGUCACAGACCAGGCAUGCCUGAAGACGCUCCUGCCAACAAAUACGCAGCACAUCGCAGUGUACAACGCUCUUGAGCGCGAGUGGUUCAUCCAGCCGCUUGAUCUUCCUAUCGCACUUCCGACGGGUUCUGUUGGAUCCCGGCGCGUCCUUAUCCGCCAUGCUGCUCUCCUCGAUGACGACUGUGCUGAGCUUGCUGAAGAGCUAACCGCGGUCACAACUGGUGGUCCCCUCAAACGACGCUCGGUCUCCGUUCCGGCGACUCCUACCAAGGUCCGCAAGUUUUCCUCUACGGCGUCACCCCACGGUCACCCCCUUCCUGCCCUCAUGUCCACUCAGGUCAUAGAGACAGAUCAUGCCCCUGCACUAUCAACGGAGACUGCGUCCCCCCAGUUGAUCCCUACCACUUCGACGACGACCCUUGCUGUCACCGCUGCAAUGAUCUCAUCUGCCCCUGCUGAGACGACCCCCGUUGCUACCACGACAACAACAACAACAGCCCCGGCCGCAACCGCGGUAGCGACUGCUGCCGCCACACCUGUACUUCAAUGCGCUUCGAGCAGUGCUUCUGGCGAACAGCGUCCCAUGAAACCUAUCCCAUUCCCUCCACGCUACGCUUGUGAUAUGCAUGCAGGCAUGUCUUCUCUUGUAGACGACACUUGCACACUCGCAGACCACAACAAGGACCCUCAGCAGUACUUCAAUAUCGCUUUCCCGGGUUGCAAGUACGUACGAGCUACGUUCUAUGAACACCGCCGGUACUACUGCAACGCUCGCGCCGAUGGUACUCUCGCGCGUGCGGUCUCAGCUGGUCGCACUCCAGACGGCCUGUGGACUACCCUGUCGAGGCAAUACAGAACCAGCGGCAAAGGCUUGCGUACAGGAUCUGCCCGGCAGACAGUAGUCCUGGACGAGUCCCCUGCUCAGGCUGCGGACAAUGCUCUCACGUCCUCAGGCUAUGGUGCGUCAGGAGUGAGUUCGCACCCAGGAGCAUCAGCGCAGAAUCCCCCACGCAAGGCACCGUUGACGUAUAUCUCCCAUAAUGUCCGCUUAGAGUGGUUCGAUGGUGUGGGUACGAUGUUCGGCUCACGUUGGUCUCCGAGCACGGAAAAUAUCGAGGUCUCGAUCGCCGAACAACUGUGGUGCAAAGGCCGCAGGAAGAAUUGCCAUCAGAUGACGAUCACAGAGCCCGCUCGUUUCAUGGGUGCAUACCUCGCAAAGACUGUUCGUCCGGAGGUCUUUCCGGUCGACUGGGAAGAGCAUUACCACAAUCUAGCAAGCGUUCAGUUCCGCGAGGCUGAACGUCUCGCCCGCGCCGCCGAUAUCGCGGGGAUGUUCGUCUACGAAGCUAGCGAGAAGUGUCCAGGGAUGCGCUACAGAGCGGUCACAUGGAUUGCCCAGAAGCUGCUGACUGGCACUGGCAAAUCCUAUCCACCGGAAGAAGGCAGCUGUCAGGAUAACGCUCUUUUGCUGACAUUGUCUGCAUUUUCACAUUACACCAUCAAUCGCUACGACGUGUUAUUCACGGCUCUCGAAGGCCUCUACGUCAAGACACCCACGGUGGACAACGAUUCACUGGUAUUCUACAGUUGCAAGACUAAUACUAAGUAUGGAGAGGCAGGGGUAUACCUUGAUGAUUAUGGUGCUCGCGUCAUCAACGACUUCGCGAGGAAGCACUCUUGCAACGCUAUAUGUCAUUCAUUGAACUUAGCUCCCAUUCCUAUCGACCUCGACAUACCCCCGUCGCUCUUUGAUGACUAG